GCAUGGAUACUCUGUAGCAGCAAGAGGGUACGGAGAGAGCGGGGGAUAACAGAGAGAGAGAGAAAGAGAAGUAAUAAUUGUAAUGGCAGUGGUCUCGUCUCCAAACCCUGAGACUGGUACCGAAAGCGAGAGAGAUGUAAACCCUAACCCUAAUUUCUCAGUAGAGGGCGGCAAUGGAGUUGGCCCCUUUGUUUGCCUCGUCAGAUUUGCUGGGGACUCGGCUGGAGGCGCGCUGAUGGGUUCCAUCUUCGGCUAUGGUUCAGGAUUGCUAAAGAAAAAAGGAUUGAAAGGCUCCUUUGCAGAUGCUGGUUCAUCUGCCAAGACCUUUGCCGUUUUAUCAGGAGUUCACAGCCUUGUUGUUUGCUGCUUGAAAAGGCUGCGAGGAAAGGAUGAUGUGAUCAAUGCAGGUGUAGCGGGAUGCAUGACAGGUCUUGCUCUUAGUUUCCCAGGUGCACCACAGGCUCUUCUCCAAAGCUGUGUCACAUUUGGAGCCUUCUCAUGUAUCAUCGAGGGGCUGAAUAGACAACAAACUGCAAUGGCACUUCCUUCCACUGGUUGGAAUGGAGGUAUCCCUAAUACCUUCUCUCGUACUCUCCCUGUUCUUCCUCCCUUUACACUGCCACUACCAAACAACAUCGUUGAGGGCUUCUCCUCCUUUUGUCAAUCUAUGUCAAAGCCUGAGAAGCGCAGUCGCCAUUGAUGAGGGUUUUAAGAACAAUUGGAUUUUUGAGCGAGUGGUACCUGUAAAUUAUUUCUUUGUAAGUGUGAGAAGACAUUCAUGAGCGAUUUUCUUAUUGACAAGAGUUUUGGAAGUCCCCUUUGAACGGAGUUCGGCAUUAGUGUUUUGGUUAAGGGAGAGAGAGAGAGAGAGGGUUCAGUUGAUUCUAGUGUUGAGAGAGAGAGAGGGUCAAUUGUUUCUAGGAGGGAUUUGGAAAAUGUCGGGUUGGACAGAGUCACCUGGUCCAACCCGGGAAUCAGUUCCAUUUCAGUUAUGUGUUUAUAUAGGAAAAUGAGAGUUUAGAAGGGA